UGCAUACAGCAGGAAGAGGGUGGACGUGCGCUAAACUAACUCUUAAAAGUCUCUGCCGACCAUACUAUUCAUUACUGCAAGCAACAGCAAACAUCUGUGUACAUCACUUCCUGUACUAAUUCUACAUGUGAAGUGCGGCUGAAGAAACUGCAUUUCAACUUCGAAACGCAGCCCUGGUGCAACUCGAAUUGUGAAAGUGAUGUUUAACAAUGCCGUUGCCUGGAAUAAAUUAGUAAAGGAACCAUUGCGCUAUCCCCGAACAACAGGAUUGGAUUGGUAAACACAAUUUCCUGCAUUUAGUUGAGCACCAUUCUCGUGAUUUGGUCCGAGCCCCUGUCUGUCAGGCCCAGUGGACCCCUUCCCCUUGGAAGUGUCUUUCAGCCCAGUGUGUCAGUCAGAAUGGGACAAUAGCCGCAGUCGCCAUCGGACCUCCCCCUUUCUCUCUUUGCUCUCUGUCUGCCCCGUCCCCACACCCCUUAACACUCGCACAUAUAUAUACAUAUAUAUAUAUACAUACAUACAUACAUACACACAUACACAUACAGACCCUGACCACUCCUCCCACUGUACUGGUUUUGGUCCACUCCCUCUUCCUACCGCUCUAGGCAGCCAGCCUUGUCAAGCCAAAUGAAACCAUAAUCCCCUGUAAAAGAUAGAGGCCUAUACAGCUGCCUAUCCUCCCUUUGUUGUUGGUGGCUUUUUGUUUAGAGGGCCCCCAUGAGAGUAGCGGCUAGAGAACACAAGGCAGCACAACAGCACCCAGUCAGCCGUUUUACUGGAAACAAACGAGCUGUGGUGGUGGUUGGGACACUGAUGGAAUUCUAAUAGCAUGAUGUUGGGCUGGCAUAGCCACCACACGCCAUCAAUGAACCAGAGGGCCACCAGCAGACUUUGGAGAUUGACACAUCUCAACUUGUGGUGGGACAAGAGGUUGAAAUAAAAUAUUUUUAUUCAGGAUAUUUUUUGCCUCCUUUUUUUGCUUCUCCAGUGAUCAGCUAAACCAAAGUGCCUUUAUUGGUUUCUCACUGUGCUUUUACUAUAAACUUGAUCUAACUUCAUAUUACACUCCAAUAUCUGAAAAUAAUAUCUAUAAGAAACAUUUCAAGGAUUUUGCACUUUUCAUUCAUACACCUCCGUACCCAUUGCCUGUUGCACUUGUCAUAUCAUACAGUUGUCCAGUACUGACAGUGCACAGGUGUUUACAGUAAAAACAUACACCCCCGUAGUUAGUCUUAGGUUGCUAAGACUAACGAAGCCAAACAUAUCACCAAACCGCUCUCCAAGGUCCUUUGUUGUGACACAGCCGGUGACAUGGCGACGUGGCUACAGUCAAAAUGGCGCUACCUGUUCAUGUUUCUGGGUGUCCAGCUGGUUGUCAUGGCGCUGCUGUCCCGUGAGGGCUACCACAAGCGAGUGUCAUACUUCAUCAGGAUUUUCCGCAAGCUGGAGACCACUGCGACGGGGACGUUCGGUGCCGGCUCUCUCCACGCAAGCAAUCACACGGGCGGUGACGUCUACGCCAACUUGUCCCUCCUGGCCAAGGCUCACCACGGCCGGGGCGAGGACAUGCCUUACUGCCCCAAGACGUCUCCCCUGAUAGGUGGACCAAUCCACGUCAUCUUCCCCUCUGGGUUGACACUGGCCCAAGUGGCGCGGAAGAAUCCUUUGGUGGUCCGCGGGGGGCGCUACAGGCCGCCUGACUGUGAGGCGCGGCACCGCACCGCCAUAAUCAUUCCCCACAGAAACCGGGAGCACCACCUGAAGUUCCUCCUCUACUACCUUCACCCAUUCCUACAGCGACAGCAGCUCAAUUACGGCAUCUACGUCAUCCACCAGGCUGGUAACUACACAUUUAACCGGGCCAAGCUGAUGAACGUUGGGUUCCGAGAGGCCAUGCGGGAGGAGGACUGGGACUGCCUGUUCUUCCAUGAUGUGGACCUCAUCCCUGAGGACGACCGCAACACCUACAUGUGCGACGCCAACCCCAAGCACACCGCCAUCGCCAUGGACAAGUUUGGAUACAAGCUGCCAUACAAGAUGUAUUUUGGAGGGGUGUCAGCAUUGUCUCCACUGCACUACCUGAAGAUGAACGGCUUCCCCAACAACUACUGGGGCUGGGGAGGAGAGGACGAUGACAUUGGAGUCAGAGUAUCCCUAGGAGGGAUGUUCAUCUCUCGUCCAUCGGUGAAGGUUGGCCGAUACAAGAUGAUCAAACACAAGCUGGACAAGGGAAACGACGUGAACCCCAGGAGGUUCAACAUGCUGGCCAAGACGCGCCAGACGUGGAAGCUGGACGGCAUGAACACGGUGGAGUAUGAGGUGCUGUCACGUGACUACUUCCCCCUUUACACCAACAUCACUGUGCACAUCGGCACAGAGGCGGGCCUGCAUGCCACGGCUCCGUCCCCCAAGAUCCUUGCCAAAGCCCCAGCAAAGCCGCCGGUCGAAGCUCCCGCCAAACCUCUAACCAAGCUCCAUCAGAACCACUGACUUGGAUCAACUUUACCCACUCCACUCCCAUCCCUCACCCUCCUGCCGCCGACUCUCCCCUCCUAACUUAUGCCUGGGAGCAGGGAUGUGACAGAGGGGCCCUGGGCCCUUAAAGCGCUCCUUUCUUUGCCUUCACCCUUCAACUGAACCUCAUAUCAAUGCCUACAGGUGGCAGGUAGCCUAGUAGUUAGAUCGUUGGGCCAGUAACCGAAAGGUUGCUAGAUCGAAUCCCCGAGCUGACAAGGUAAAAAUCUGUUGUUCUGCCCCUGAUCAAGACAGUUAACCCAUCAGCUGUCAUUGUAAAUAAGAAUUAGUUCUUAAAUUACUUCCAGUCGGGAGAGGUGGGUGGCUCCCCCUAUUGGACUAGAGGCCAUGCCUUUUCCUUCUGUUCCUUCCCCUGAUCUGAUCAGCAUUCUCAACUGAAACUUUAUCAAUAGUAUAGCAGACUUUGAACUUGAAGACCAAUGCUCUCCACUGCCUAGAUAGAAUCUGUGGGCCGAGGCUUUGUCUGUCUGAAUGAAUUACUGUAGCAUUCUCCACCCUAGUUCUGAUUUUCCAGCUAUAUCUCACCACUCCACUGACUUUGACUCUAUGAAAGGGACUUAUGGUAGAGGAGAGAAAAAAAGACUGACUCUAUGAGCUUUUAUAUCGCUGCCGAAAACCCCCGUUGCCUUAGAACACCUGUCUUGUUCUAUUUUUCCUUUUUAGUAGAACUUCAGGUCGAGAGUUAUGAAUGGAACCGGUUUCUAGUGAUAGAUAGCGAGAUUAGGGGAUAGAAUAAAUAAAUGAAAAAAACAUUUUAUGCUACUGAUAUUGCAAUGGCAUAUGGGUCUUUCUGCCAAUUAGGUGCCUUUUUUGAGUAGUGUAAAACUUGAUUUCACCCAAUUUUAACAAUCUGCCAUAAAGAGCACAUGUUCAAAACACGUUUUCCCAUCUUGAGGUUAAAUUAAAUAAAUGACCAUAGUAAGUGCCAAAUAAAGUAACAGGGUUAAAUCAGCCAUAAAUCCCCUUGUGACAGAGGAAAUGGAAGCUUGUUGUGUGUGUGCAACAGGGAGGGGCAAUUUUAAUGCAAAUUAAAUUGUUCAAACAUUUCUAGCCUGUCUAUUUAUGGGUAACAGGGUAGACGUGUUAUGUUCAACCGGCUCUGUUUUCCACAAAAAAAACCACCAGAAAAUUGCCAAAAAGAGUAGAACCAGCUCACCUGCUUGUACGCUAUGAUUUGACUAGAGAAAUAUUUACAAAGGCAUUUCACCAUAUUAAAACGAGAGUUCAGUUUGUUUUUCGUUUUUUUUUUUUUACUUUAAAAUGAAUCACUAAUCACAUGAAAUAAUGAACUCUUCAGAAAUUACUUUGUCAAAGCAACAAAAUAACUAGGGCUUUCAAAUUAAGUGGGUUAAAAUCUUCCUAGGAGUCACAGGAUGCUUAGAGGGAAAUGUCAAAUCUGAUUUAAUAUGAACAAAAGGUUCCAUGUGGUCAGUAUUAAAGGGCACUUCACUUAAUAUAACAGGCUUUUAAUAUUUGUAACUGGCACUAAUUUCGGAACGACCCAUAUGUAACUGAUUUUACAGUUUAAUAUUAUACGAAGUGAAGCUGCUCUCCUGAAUAUUGACGGGGGUAUGUGCUGUUUGCAGUUAGCAUGGUAGUCGCCCCCUGGGCCCAAUCUUCAUAAAUCGUCUGAGUAGGAGUGCAGAUCUAGGAUCAGGUUUUCUAUGUUCAUAUCAAAUUCAUUAUUACCUUAAAGGCAACCAUGAUCCUAGAUCAGAACACCUAGUCUGAGGCACACGCACAAUACAGGCCCUGAAUAAUCAGGCUGAUUUAUUGAAGGAUUUUCUCACAGUAGGUUCACAGUUCGGGCACAGCGUUUUGGUAUGGUUGGGUUUCAUCUUAUCGCUACAAUCAGAAUGUGUCUUUUCUCCAAUUAUCUCCUUCAAUCCCUAGAUUGCAUUGAUGUGGGGUUGCAUUUUGCCUUGUGUCAAAUAGAAUAGGUGCGGGUGAAAUGGUCAAUGCACUACCUUCAGGUGGGCUGGCUAUAUUCACAUCAGAAUGGUGGUUUGUCUUUUCCAUUUGUGUUUUAUGUUAUUGUUCAUUACCUUAUGGAGCUUUUAUGUUGGUUUCCUAUGAUUGUCAAUGUAGCUUAAAACUGAGGGAUUCAAGUCCUAGUGGACUCUCCAUAGUCAGAGACUUGGGAUCUAUCUCCAUACUCUAAAUUGGCUGAAAGGUUUGAAAACCAGGAACUUUGUCCAUGGAUGACCAGAAACCACUAUGGUCUAUAAACGGAAUCAGGCACUGGUAAGUGACAUGAGAACUGAUGCCUGUAAGACUGUGUAGUACACUCAUUGGUUGUACUGAUUCUGCUGAACCACUGAUUUAAAGAUUGAUAUAGGUACACUGGGUUAGCAUUUACAGCAUUACCCCACUAGCCAUUCUUUCAUUCUGUGCUGUCUAAAAUCUGUCACCCCUAGAAUUCCCCAGUGCAAUGUCCUCCUCACUGCAUGGCUUGUCCUCUGACUUUCCUCUUUGCACACCGUCUCGACCCCCUGACCAAUAUGAUUGUUUAAUCUAGAUCCCUACUGGGAAUUGAACCUCUGUGUGUGCAUCACAUAGAGGACUCGUGCCACUUGGCUGAAACCAAAGAUGGCUUAGAGAGAAAGCAUUGGACGCCUGAUAGUUGUGCUGGCGGAUGCAUGGUGACAUGGGAAUAGAUGGGAUUCCACUUACUCCGGGUAUGCUGAGUUUUUGUGUGUGUGUGUGUGUGUGUGCUACUAUCUGAUCUAGGAAUCUCUUGAAUGACCUUCUUCACUAUGUAGGCUGUCUUUACCUUUUCUACUCUAUAUGAAGCCUGAUUAUGCAUGACACACAGACCCUGUAUUAGAUGAGUGGGAUGUACAGAGAACCACACACAGACCGCUGACAUGACUUCACAUUUGAGUCUCCUGAAGCAUGCAACCGUGUAUGCUUGUGUAGUGAUUCGUAAGACAUAUGUCCACAUGCACCAUGUACUUUUUUAACACUUCAUGCAGUGGUUUAUUAUGUCAUAUCAUGUCUAUUUGUACUCUUCAGUUUGCUUCAGUUGAUGUAUAACUUGACUUUUACUCCAUUAUGAUGUGGAUAUGCUGUCCAGGGUGACUGCGCCAGGAGAUGGAGCUCACCGCAGGGCAUUGAAAAUGUAACAAGGACAAUGUGAUACUGUAUUUCUGAUUUAAUUCCUCCUCUCUAAAUGAAGUCUGCACAGUCCAGAGUGGCCUUAUACAACGAUUAAUAAACAAAAAGAUUAGUCAAACACUGGUGAAGUGGA